UUCCUCCAUUUUAUAAGCAUCCAAAUUCCACUCUCCAGUGAGAGAAACAAGAGAGAGAAACCGACCCACAAAACAUAAAAAUAAAAAAAUGAUGGAAAAUGACGAAGAAUCGCCACCAUCACCGGAUGAGGAGGAGCUGGAGCUUGGGCUGAGCUUGGGGGCUAAAAGGGUCACCGGAGAUAAGAAAAAGGCGGGAACUUGGGGGGAUUUUGGCGGCGGAGGUUGUCGACGGAUUCUGACUGCCAAGGAUUUUCCGGCGGCGUGCGGGUCACGUGCGUCGCCUGUGACCUCUUCGUCGUCGGUUUCGUCGUCGGAGGUAGCUAAGCCGCAAAGUCAAGUGGUGGUAGGCUGGCCUCCCAUCAGAGCUUUCAGAAUAAACAGCUUGGUCAACCAAGCGAAAGACAACGCCUCAGACUCAGAAGCCACAACCAACGAGAAGAGCAACAAUCAAAACUUGAACAACAAAACUGAAUACAUCAACUCAACUAACCAAGAAAAUAAACUUAAAAAUGCGGGCGCUACCCGAUUCGUGAAAGUGAACAUGGAUGGAGAUCCAAUUGGUCGAAAGGUCGAUCUCAAUGCCCAUCAAUCCUACAAAGCACUCGCUUUGUCUCUCGAGAUCAUGUUCCACAAGCCCACCAUUGGACUUAGCUCGUCGGCAAAUAGUGCAAAGACAUCAAAGUUGUUGGGUGGCUCGUCUGAAUUUGCAUUGACUUAUGAAGAUAAAGACGGGGAUUGGAUGCUAGUUGGGGACGUUCCAUGGGGGAUGUUCUUGGAUACUGUCAAAAGACUUAGAAUUAUGAGGACCUCUGAUGCCAAUGGACUUUCACCGAGAUUUCAAUCCGAAAUCUCCUCAACUAGUGGGCUACUACGACGCAAGACUGCUUAGCAUGAAACAGUGUGAGCUAGGUCUGAAGCAUUUCCAGAAGAACAAGGAGAUUCAAGUCCAGGGGGGAAAAAUAAUAGAGAAAAGCUUUAGGGAGACGAGAGAAGCGUGGAGCUAAUGUUUUUGCAAUCAACUGCACUUGCUGCAUUUGUUUGAUCUUGCCUCUCGAUGGCUUCUUUUGUUUCUUUGUUUUUUGGUUGACCUUUGUUGGGUUGAUUUCUAGAUUGCCUUUUGAGUUCAAUGUGAUGUUACGCAUAUUUUGUUAAUGAACUCUGUUAUCACACUGUAAAUAAUGGUUUUUUGUUCGUAUGCCGAGCGUCUUGAGAGAGUUCAACAUACUCCUCUUUCUGAUUGUUGAAGAGAGCAGUACGGAUGUGUUUCUCUUUUCGUUCUCUCGCUUGUUGGUACUGUUUGAAGUUUGCUCUGUAAUUUUAGAGGCUA